UCUUCAGCCAAAGAGUGUUCGACAUUUGGAGUUUGUUGCAACAGAUCGUGGUUGAGGCUGUCAUUUGAGCAGCAAAAGCUGAUCACACCUGUCCUCAAAAUGGCUAAAGAAGCAGACAGGGGAAGCGCUCCAGUGACAUCAGCAUCGGUUCCGAGCUCAGCGAUCACCGAGCUCCUGGCAAACUGGAAUUAUUCCCAGAUGUUGCAGUUGACGGACUUCUACCGGGACAGGCUGGAGCAGGCGAUGGAAGGAGGGGUGCAUGGAGUGAGCCUGGCGUUAACGGCCGAGAAUCAGUUCAGUGGAGAGGAACAUCGGAAAAUCUCUGAUCUCGCUGGUAAGGGAGAGCGGGCGGACAAUUCUAAACUCCUACUGAGCCUGGUGAUGGAGAAAGGCUCCCGCGCCCGGAGGGUGAUGUGGGAAACCUUUGUGAAAAUGCGGAUUGGUGUCCCAAAGUUGGACAAAAUACUGAAGGAAAUACAGAUGUAUGGUUGUGAUUCUUCCCACCAACCAUUUCCCGCUAAAUUUUUACAAAAGGUUCUCAGUGAGCUGAAAGAUGUUCAACAGAAACACAAGGAGACUCUACGGGAACAAACUGAAACAUUGAGAGUGAACACGAUCCUGAUGAGGGAGAAGGUGAAGGAUUUCCAGCUGGUUGAUCGAUACGCUGAGCUCACGGUCAUUUCUACUGUUCGAGAUCGGAGACUGGUGGAACAUGAGCUGCUGGCAAGAGGCAGAGACCACGAGGAGUGGGGGAGAAAAACUACGUGGAGAACUGGAAAAAAUACGGACAGAUCAGUUGUUCCAGAGCAGCUUAUCCCGGAGUAAAUCCAAAUCUGGGAGUUC